AUGCCCAUCUGCGGCUCCUCACACAUCCGCAGGGAGGCCGCCGAAAAGGCGCACCUCUCCGCCAGCUCCCAGAUCGGCUCUGCACAGGAUGCGCGUCCACAGGCCACACAGCCCACCAUCACUUCCGCCGUAGCAGCCGAUCCCACCUUACCACCCACAGACGCAGCAAAGUACCUCUUCCCCGUCCCCUCCGCAGCCAAACGAGGCAUCAUCCGCUUCAAGAUCAAGGAGCAGCUCGAAGAAGGCAGAGGAAAGCACUGGGUCUGGGACAAGGGCGCCGUACACCAAGGCAACCGCGAGCCAGACGACGACGAGCUCGAUCACGUCCGUCAACGCUAUGGCUACAAGAAGCCCGAACAAGGCGGCCCUUCCCGCCUCUACCUCAUGGUCCUCGCAGACUGCCUCCUCCCGCUCCCACGCAACCCCAUGUCUGGCGUCGUAUCGCCCCCGCUCCUCGCAACCACAGGCAUCGUCCCGCUCUCCAUCUUCUCCACCGGCCCCGACAUCAUCGGCCACUACUACGACUGCAUCGUAGCUGCGAGGCGCGAAGUCAUCCUCCUCACCAACUACUGGCAGGGCGGCAAAAACGUAGACCGCAUCGCAGACGCCCUCCGCGAACUCAACAGGCGCGUCCUCAAGCGUCGCAAGGCACGUGCUCUCGAAGCCAGGCGCAACGGCCGCAACACCCCGGCAGAGGCUGCUCCCAAUCCAGCGCACACGCCCCAAAUCGAAAAGGCCGCCAAGCAGCAGGACGACCUCCUCGAAAAGCAGGGCGCCCCCGGCUCCAUGGCUCGUGCCGGCAAGGACGACUCCACGUUGCUAGACGACGACGACGACGACGACGACCAACACGAUCUCGACUCCAUCCAGCUCGGCCCUCCCACCCCAGAGGAACGCGUCGUCGUCAAGCUCAUGUGGGAUCGCGGCCCUCAGACCCUCGCUGACCUCUUCCGCCUACGCAAGCCCGUGCCCCCCAACAUGUGGAAGUCCAACGGCCUCCCCACAGAGAGCGACAUCCCCAACCUCAACGUCGAGAUCCUCAACUACCACCGCCCCCUUAUGGGCACCUUCCACGCAAAGCUCCUCAUCGUCGAUCGUCAAGUCGCCCUGAUCAACUCCAACAACAUCCAGGACCGCCCCAACAUCGAGGCGUGCAUCCGCCUCGAAGGCGACAUUGUCAACUCGGUCUACGACCACGCCCUCAUCAGCUGGGGGAACCGCCUCCAGCCUCCACUCCCCUGCCUCACACAGCCCGCACCCGUCGCACCCUCCCCCGCCGCCUUCAUGUCCGGCGACCAGAGCUCCCUCCCUUCCAUCACCGUCGAGAAGCUCAAGCAGCUCGCCCUCAACGUCCGUCAGCGCCUCCACGACGAGGACACCGCCACCGAAGUAGAGAAGGAGAGGAGCCUCCAGAGCCCCAUCACCUUCCACUUUGGCGACGUCGUGGACCAGAUGAGGCGCAGGGACAGCUUCGGCACCAAAGCAGGCGCCUCCCCUGUCCGCUCCUCCUCGGCCGACCAACGCGUCGACAGCGACAAGGCCGCCCGCAACGCUGGCGCUCUCUGGGCCCAAAAGGUGCUCGGCGAGCGCUUCUCCCACUUUCAGAGCGCAGCCACCACCAAGGACAAGCCCGACACGGCUGCUGCUGCUGCGUCUCCGCUCGAAAAGUCGGAUACCGCCUCGCCCUCGCAGCCCCGCAAGCAUUUCGCCGAUGUCGUCGAGGCGCUCAUGAUGAAAGAGGGCCACAAGCCGCCCGCCUGGGCGGAGGGCGCGCUCGAGGUGUUUGGUCUCGGUCAAAGCAGUUCCAAAAACGUCGCUCAGGAGGUGCGUCGCAAUCCGCGCCCAAAGACCACCCUCGCUUCGGGCGCCAACAUCCCCACCGCCGUUGCAGAAGAGGACUACACCGAGCACCAUGACUGGCGCAGAUCCAUCGAGGUCGACGAGGAGAGCCUCGACGACGGCGUCGAACAAGCCCGCAGCCACACCGCAGUCGAUAGCACCUCCUCACCCAAGCCCGCCCUCAGCAGCCUCGCAAGCGACGACAAUACGACUUCCAAGGAUCCAGCUUCAAACGGUGACGCAGCAGCUCCACUCAAGAUCGCCAUCCCUGCCGAAGAGAGCGCUUCACCCGCUCCUGCCGCUCCUGCCGCAGCACCGCCCAUCAACAACGACAUCCUCAACACCAAGCCCGAUGCCGACACAAACCCCGCAAAGCAGAACAAGCGCGACGAGGGCGUGCCCGGCUCGGUGGGCUACCGCAACGUGCACCGUCGCACGCUCUCGCAGAUCUCCAAGUCGUCGGCUGCCGAACGGCUGAGCGCCAUCACCAAGUCGCUCGACUUUGCCAACAACUCGAAAGUGCAGGGCGAGAUCCGGGCGGAGAAUCUGUCGGACGAGAAGCUGGAGGCGCUCAACGACGUGCUCGACUUUCAGCCGUACAUCUUCCACAAGCCGCACGAGCCUGUGCCGAUGGCGCUGGUCAAUCGACGUCCGCACGGUACGCCCGGCCACUCGGACAUCCGCAAUCCGCAAGAUGCGGCGUGGCUGGCCGGGUUCCGGUAUGCCAAGAAGCACGUCCUCAUCCAGUCGCCCACGCUCAACGCUUCGCCGAUCAAGGCUGCCGUUCUGGCGGCUGUGCGUCGACACGUUACGGUGGAAUUGUGGCUCGACUUGGGCUUUAACGACAAGUCCGAGUCGAUGCCGUUUCAGGGCGGGACGAAUGAGCAGGUUGUGACUGGAUUUUACCGGCAGUUGAGGCGGGAGGGGAAGGGGGACGAAAAGUAUCUCGAGGUGUAUUGGUAUACGGGCAAGGAUAUGACGCGUCCGUUGAAUGCUGUUCGCAAGCAGCGCAAUUGUCACGUCAAGUUUGCGGCGUUUGAUGGGCAUGUGGCGGUGCUGGGGUCGGGCAAUCAGGAUACGCAGUCGUGGUUCCACUCGCAGGAGAUCAACGUCAUGGUUGAUUCGAAGCAGAUUGUGGACGAGUGGAUGGCGGCGUUGACGCGGAAUCAGAGCACAAAGCUGUAUGGUAUGGUCGACCAGAGAGAUGGCAUUUGGCGCGGUAGGGAUGGGCAGGAACUCGUCGAUACCGGAAAGGAUACAGCGAGCAAGGAUAAGGAGCGCACACCAACCCCCCCGCCGGCCGUGGCGGAAUAG